AUGGCUCCCACUCAGUGCGGAGCUCCAGCCUGUAUCAUGUCCCUGCUGCGUUUCUGGGGCCCAUGGCCCCUCCUCAUGCGGCAACUAUUCUGUUUACUAGUCAAGGAGGCUCAGCCUCUGGAGUGGGUCCAGGACCCACUCCAGCUGACCUCUAACCCCCUGGGGCCGCCUGAGCCCCGGUCUUCCCGCUCCUCCCAUCUGCCAUGGGACUCUCCCCAUGUGCCCACUCCCCCGGCAGACCCGGGGGACUUUGAUUACCUGGGGCCCUCUGCUUCCUCGCAGAUGUCAGCCCCACCCCGGGAAUCGACUGAAAAUUUGGUUCCAUUCCUGGACACAGAUUCAGCUGAAGAGCUGCCCCUGGGGCCAGAGCAGUUCUCCGCUGCACACCAGGAUUUAAAUGACAAGCUGACUCCGGAAGAAAGGCUCCCAGAGGUGGUCCCACUGCUGGACGGGGAUCAGAACCAGACCCUAGUUCAGCUUCCUCGUCUCAAAAGUAAGGUUUCACCUGCAGAUCUAGAUCGGGCUGCAGGUCAUCAGGCAGAUGAAAUACUUGUUCCGCUAGACAGUAAGAUUUCAAAACCAACCACAUUUAUUGUUUCACCCAAGAACCUGAAGAAAGAUCCAGCUGAGCGUUGGAGCCUUGCUGAGAUUGUCGGAAUUCCACACCCAUUAUCCAAACCUCAGCGUGAGAAACAGACUUUGCAGGAUGAAUAUUCGAGUAUGGACACACUGUAUCCCGGCAGCCUGCCUCCAGAACUCCGGGUGAACUCAGAUGCGCCUCCAGGGCCCCCUGAGCGAGUUGGACUUUCUCAAUUCCAUCUAGAGCCUGAAACUCAAAAUCCAGAGACGCUUGAAGACAUCCAGUCCUCUUCAUUCCCGCAAGAAGCCCCAGGGCAGUUUCCACAGCUCCCUGAGGAGGAAGAACCUUCUUCAACCCAGCAGGAGGCCCCAGCUCUGCCUCCAGCAUCCUCUGUGGAGAGUCUAACUCUACCGAAUCGUGAGGUGACAGUUCAGCCUCCAGGUGAGGAUCAAGCUCAUUUUAACUUGCCCAACAUUACAGUUAAACCUGCAGAUGUGGAGGUUACCAUAACUUCAGAGCCUACCAAUGAGACAGAAUCUUCCCAAGCCCAGCAGGAGGCGCCAAUUCAGUUUCCAGAGGAGGCGGAACCUUCUGCAACCCAACAGGAGCCCCCAACUGAGCCUCCAGGUCCUCCUAUGGAGCAUGAACUUUCCCCCAGUGAGCAGGAGCAGCCAGCUCAGCCUUUGGAAUCUUCUGGGGAGGUUGAGUCUUCUCCAGCCCAGCAGGAGGCCCCAGCUCAGCCUCCAGAACAUCAUGAAGUCACAGUUUCACCUCCUGGUCACCAUCAAGCUCAGCAUUCAGAUUUGCCCAGUGUCUCUGUUAAGCCUCCAGAUGUGCAGCUCACCAUAGCAACAGAGCCUAGUGCAGAGGUGGGAACUUCUCCAGUCCUCCAGGAGGCUACAGCUCAGCUCUCAGGGCCAGGUAAUGAUGUAGAACCUCCCACCAUCCAGCACGGGGGCCCACCUCUGCCUCCAGAGUUAUCGGAAGAGGCUGGACCUUCAGCAAUUCAACAGACUUCAGUUCAAUCUCCGGAACCUGUUAAUAGUGAGAACCCCUCUCCAACCCAGCAGGAGGCUGCAGCUGAGCAUCCACAGACCGCUGAGGAGGGUGAGUCUUCUCUAACCCAGCAGGAGGCCCCAGCUCAGACUCCAGAGCUCCCUAAUGUAGUUGUAGCUCAACCUCCAGAGCAUUCAAACCUGACUCAAGCCACAGUUCAACCUUUGGACCUGGGACUUACCAUCACUCCAGAAUCCACUACGGAGGUUGAACAUUCUACACCCCUGAAGAAGACUCUAGUUCCUUCAAAGCAUCCUAAGGUGACACUUCCACAUCCAGACCAGGUUCAGACUCAGUAUUCACGCCUGACUCAAGCCACAGUUCAACCUUUGGACCUAGGGUUUACCAGCACUCCAGAAUCCACAACAGAGGUUGAACCUUCCACAGCCCUGACGACUACAGCUCCUCCUCCAGAACACCCUGAGGUGACACUUCCACCUUCAGACAAGGGUCAGGCUCAGCAUUCACACCUGACUCAAGUCACAGUUCAACCUCUGGCCCUGGAGCUUACCAUAACUACAGAAUCUACUACAGAGGUUAAACCAUCUCCAACCACAGAGGAGACCUCAACUCAGCCUCCAGACCCGGGGCUUGCCGUAACUCCCGAGCCCACUACAGAGACUGGACAUUCUACAGCCCUGGAGAUGACUACAGCUCCUCGUCCAGACCAGGUUCAGACUCUGCAUCGAAAACUGACCGAAGUCACAGGUCCACGUACUGAACUAGAACCUACUCAAAAUUCACUGGUGCAGUCUGUAAGUUAUGCCCAAAAUAAGACUUUAACUGUACCAGAGGAACAGAAGGCCUCCACAAGCACCAACAUAUGUGAGCUCUGUACCUGUGGAGAUGAGACGCUGUCAUGUAUUGAUCUCAGCCCAAAGCAGAGGCUCCGCCAAGUGCCUGUGCCAGAGCCCAACACCUACAAUGGCACCUUCACCAUCUUAAAUUUCCAAGGAAACUAUAUUUCUCACAUUGAUGGAAAUGUAUGGAAAGCAUACAGUUGGACUGAGAAACUAAUUCUCAAUGAAAAUUAUUUGACUGAAUUACAUAAGGAUUCAUUUGAAGGCCUGCUAUCCCUCCAGUAUUUAGAUUUAUCCUGCAAUAAAAUACAGUCUAUUGAAAGACAUACAUUUGAACCACUACCAUUUUUGCAAUAUAUAAAUCUUGGUUGCAAUUUACUCACAGAACUGAGCUUUGGAACAUUUCAGGCCUGGCAUGGAAUGCAGUUUUUACACAAGUUAAUUCUCAAUCGCAAUCCUCUGACAACUGUUGAAGAUCCAUAUCUCUUUAAAUUGCCGGCAUUAAAAUAUUUAGACAUGGGAACAACUCAAGUCCCACUUGCAACACUUAAGAACAUUCUCACGAUGACUGUUGAACUGGAAAAACUGAUCUUACCUAGCCAUAUGGCCUGCUGCCUCUGCCAAUUUAAAAACAGCAUUGAGGCACCACCCAAAAUACUUUUAAUUCUGGAAAAGAAAAUCAGCUGCACACUGGUACACUUGACCUUCAUGCAGUCAGAAGCUUUGGAUGAUUCUGCAUGCAAAAUAUUAGAGAUGAAAUGA